AUGGAAGAUAUUCUAUCGGCCGCUCUAACAGAGGCCGGUCUCGAAGAGUUUUUAUGUCAGCCGUCACCGGUGCCCAGUACUUCUGGAAGUGUACACGAUGAGUCCGCGCCAAGUACAAGUUACAAUAACACACAGAGUGCUCCUCCAACAUCAUAUCCAAGAGCAGGCGCAUCGAAUCAAUUCUUCGACGAGACAUCGAAUGACUCAAUGUCAUCUUCAGCCUAUUACACACCCAUGACAACUCCAUUCAUUUCGACAGAAGACGGCGGAGAGCCCACUUCAUUCUUCGGAAUGGACGAAGAGGACGGUGGAUGUAUGAUAACUCCAAUGACACGGAGUAGUAGUUGUACGGCUGAAAGUAGUAUGUAUAACUAUCCACAAGUACAAGUUAUUCCAAGAAAACAACCAUCCGUAACGAUGGAUUCAUAUGAAAUGACGAAGAAGGAGGAGCCAGAUGAAUCGCCUUCUGGAGAUACGUCGACUACCGGAUCGUCGAAUGGAGGAAACGAUGGAUAUGAUGAGAAGAUGAGAGAGAUUAAAGAAGAUAUUAAGGAGGAGGAGGAGUCACAGCAAAUGUUUGUGCAGACUAAUAGGAGUCAAGAACCUCACCUCGACUCUCCAUCCACAUCAUCUACCGUAUCCCCUCGUGUCUCCUCACUAUCAGCUCAACGUUCUCACACGGCGUCUCCUGCCUCAUCUACAGUAUCCGAUACGGUAGUCCCACCGCCUCGAAAGAAUCUUCCCAUCACAACAGGAUCCAUCGUAAAACGGACGGUGCAAACGAAAGACGGCCAAAAGACGCAAUAUUUGAAGGCGUUCGUCAACGAGAACGGAGAGAAAAUAUACCGUUUGCUGAGUCCCGUCGCCGCGUCGGCAGUUGCUCGCGGAGCACUUCCAGCCGGAAUGAGUCGAAGUGGAGUGACGACGAAUGGAGGAGGAGUGAACGGAUCAUCGAAUGUUCCAGUUAGAGUAGGGAAUACGAUGGUCGGACAGAAUGGAGAGAGACUGAUGGUUGUAAGGAAUGGAGUUGGACCGAAUGGACGAGUGAUGGUCAAGAGAAUUGUGACGAAUGCGGGACAAGUUGGCACGUCAGCGACGAGAAUUAUGGCCGGUGGCGGGCAGGAGAGGGGACAACUCUAUAGAGCCGCCGUCAACGGAGCCAACGUUCCAACUCACCUCGUCCGCCGCCCGACCGCUGGUGGUCUACCGCCACGUGGCACUCCUGGGAGUAUGGUAGUUCGACACGCAGUUCGUGGGUCCUACAAUCCGGCGACAAACGGAGGAUACAGAGUGAAUUUAGUGGGUCGAGGGACGGGUGGAUCCACAAUGGUUCAUCAUCAACCACUCAGUCGAAUGGGACCAGCAGCGACACGUGGAACUACGAUAGGACCCGGUGGACGAAUAGUGACGAGAGGAGGAGCGAUUCGACCGGGUUCAAUGAGCCAACAACAGAUACAUAUGUCCGCAUCGACACCCUCUUUCCAUUAUAUGGAUGAGAAUCAGAUGACGACGACGAGCCAGGCGACGACGUCUUCUGGAGGAAUGAUGAAGACGGUCGGGUCGGCGAUAAUGCAAGCAAGACAUAUGCAACAGUUCUCAGCGGUUGGAGGAGGUGUAACACAACAAGCUGGAAGGGUUAUCGUCAAUAGAUCCUCGACAAGCGGUGGUCCACUGUCUCGAAUGGUUGGUGGAGGAUAUGAUCAACAACUCGCAUCGAAUGGACGUCUCAUUAUGUCAACGAAUACAAUGGUUCGAGUACCUGGAUCUGGACUAGGAUCACCGAGGCUCUCGUUGACUCCUCAGCCACAAACAAAGUCACAGAAGGCGAAGGACGAGAUGAGAAUGGCGUAUCAAGUGGGACGAGAUGAGGCCGCGUUGCAGAGGAAAAACGAUUUGGAAGAUGAUGAAGAAAACCUCGGUUACGCUGAAACAUAUUCUGAAUACACGCCAGCCAAACUUCGUUCCGGAACCGCCCAUCCUGAUAGUGUCGUCGAAUCGGCGUCCCUAUCGAGUGUCUCUCCACCAGACGUGAAAUAUCAAAUCUCGAUUCCAGAAUAUUUAAUCGAUAUGGGACAUAUCUCUGCUCUCCAAUUGGAAGCUGUGAUCUACGCGUGUCAAAUGCAUGAAAGACGAAUGCCUUCUGGAGAGAGAUAUGGAUAUUUAAUUGGUGAUGGAGCUGGUGUUGGAAAGGGACGAACCGUCGCUUGUAUCAUUUUUGAAAACUAUUUGCAGGGUCGAAAACGUGCGAUCUGGCUCUCGGUCUCAUCAGAUUUGAAAUUCGACGCCGAACGAGAUCUGCGUGAUUGUGGUGCUCCAAACAUUCCAGUUUUCGCUCUUAACAAGAUGAAAUACGCAAAAAUCUCUGGAAAAGAGAACGGAUCGAUCAAGAAAGGAGUGAUAUUCGCCACCUAUACCUCAUUAAUUGGCGAGUGCCGUGGAGCGAAAUCUCGAAAAUACCGUAGUAGAAUCAGUCAACUGAUCCAAUGGUUCGGACAAGAUUACGAUGGAGUCAUCAUUCUCGACGAAUGCCAUCGAGCGAAGAAUUUGGUGCCGACCGCCGGAGCUAAGCCAACGAAGACAGGAAGAAUGGUGCUGGAAUUACAGAAGGCUCUUCCGAAUGCUCGUGUCGUCUACGCAUCAGCUACUGGAGCCACUGAACCAAGAAAUAUGGCUUAUAUGACACGUCUCGGUCUGUGGGGAGAACGACAAGCGUUUCCAGAAUUCCACGAUUUCAUAUCGGCCGUCGAGCGGAGAGGAGUUGGAGCAAUGGAAAUUGUGGCGAUGGAUAUGAAGCAGAGAGGCCUCUAUCUGGCGAGACAGCUCUCGUUCCGUGGUGUUUCGUUUGCUGUUCAAGAGGUUCAGUUGUCGAGUGAAUUCGUCAAAAUGUAUGAUGCGGCGGUCAAGUUGUGGAUGGAGGCGAGACGACAGUUUCAGACAGUAAUCGAGACGAUGGACGAAGAAGAGCGAUCGACUUGCAAGACGAUUUGGGGACAAUUCUGGGCGUGUCAUCAGAGAUUUUUCAAAUAUCUUUGUAUUGCCGCCAAAGUUGACACGUGUGUCCAACUGUCUCGUGAAGCGAUUAAAGCCAAGAAAUGUGUCGUCAUCGGACUGCAAUCAACUGGAGAAUCUGCAACACUGGAGACUUUGGAGGAGAUGGGCGGAGAGUUGAAUGAAUUCGUUUCGACGGCAAAGACAGUUUUAUACGGAUUGAUUGAUAAACACUUUCCAACGGAUACGUCGAUUACAAUGGGCGAUCGAGAUAUAUUCAAAGAUUUCGACGAUUUCGAGUCGAGACCCGCGAAACGGAGAAAGACUCGAGAGACAUUGAGUUUCCUCGGAGACGUUGGAUUCGAUACUUGGACAGGAGUGACGACUGGAAUGGGCGGACGAGUUGGUGACGGGGUGACGAAGAAUCUGACGAGAGGAUCGACGUCUUCGAAACUGAAUGAUGAGGCGAACUCGACGACGUCGGAAUCAUCAGAAGCCGAUGGGGAUUCAGAUGAGUCGGACGGUGAUGAGGAAGAAGAUCAGAAUGGAGAUUUGGCGAGUGCACGGGAAGAAGCGGAGGGAGCGAGGACGUUGGAGGAUGGAGAAGAGGAUGAAUGGGUGAAGGCGUUGUUGGCGGAAGCGGAGUCGUCGAGUGAUGAUAGUGAUGAUGAUGAGGAUGGAGGAAAUGCGGUGGAGAAGGAAGAUGAUGGAGGAGAGAAUGAGGAAAGGGAACCCGAGGAAGAGUUCAAUCCGUUUAUGUGCGAUUUUACAAGUGAUGACCCAUGGGCGCACAACCAACAAAUCGUCGAAGACACUCCACAAAAAGAGAGAAAAACGAAGAAAAGGAAACGUGACGAGGAAGAAGCGGAAAGAAUGCGUGAAAAAGUGAGAAAACGAGAGGAACGACGAGAAAAGAAGCGACGACGAGCGAUUCGAAAGGCUGAAAGAGAGAAGAGACGGAGGAAUGAGGAGUUACAGGCGAGGGGGUCUGCAACGGACUUUAUCACUUCUUCUAGAAUAUGUGGACAGUCUGUGGAGAAGGAGGAUAUCAAUCCGAUGCUUAUUAAGACUGAGCUACUCGCAGCUGUCGAAAGAUUGGCUCCAUCACUUCCAGCCAACACACUGGAUCAGUUGAUUGAUGAGAUGGGCGGUCCGGAGUACGUGGCUGAAAUGACUGGACGACGUGGACAUAUGGUGACUUCUGAAACUGGAGAUGUCAUGUAUCAGAGGAGAAAUGCCAAUGCGGAAGUGUCACUUGAGUUGAUUAAUAUGGAGGAGAAGGAGAAGUUUAUGAGAGGAGAGAAGCUCAUUGCAAUCAUCUCGGAAGCGGCGUCAUCUGGAAUCUCUCUACAAUCGGAUCGAAGAGCUAUCAACAAGAGACGACGAGUACAUAUCACUCUGGAAUUGCCCUGGUCUGCUGACAAGGCGAUUCAACAAUUCGGAAGAACUCAUCGAUCGAAUCAAGUCUCCGGACCGGAAUACGUGUUUCUCAUAUCAGAAUUGGCGGGAGAGAAGAGAUUCGCUUCGAUUGUUGCGAAACGUCUGGAAUCUCUUGGAGCACUGACUCAUGGUGACAGAAGAGCCACGGAGACGAGAGAUUUGUCUCAGUUCAAUAUGGAUAAUAAGUAUGGACGAGUCGCGUUGGAUACUCUGCUGAAAACUGUCAUUGGACAGGCUGGAAUUCCGCUGAUCGAGCCGCCAAAGGAUUAUAAGGCUGGAGAUUUCUUUGAGGACAUGCGUCUUUACAUGGAAGGUGUCGGUCUUCUCGCUAAAAACAAGAUGGGUCAAUACACGAUCGAAAAAGAGGCGGCCACAAUCCCAAAGUUCCUCAAUCGAAUCCUCGGAUUGCCCGUUCACGCUCAGAACUCACUCUUCCAGUACUUUUCUGAAAUAGUCGCCGAGUUGAUAGCUCAAUCGAAGCACGACGGAACAUACGAUACCGGAAUUAUGGAUUUGGGAACCGGCGACGAUCAAGUGAGGAAAUUGGAGACUCGCGUCUUCACGGGACGAGUCGAUAAUGGAAGUUUUCGAGUGGAAAUGCAUAAGAUUGGAGUGGAAAGAGGUGUUAGUUGGGAGGAGGCGAUGGAUCUCUACAAGGAACAUUCGAACGACGACGACGGAUUCUAUUUGUGUCAUCCUGGAGGUAACAACACUGCGAAUACGAAGAAAGUCGCCGCUUUGGUCUAUGGAAUCGGAAAGAAUAAAGUGGAUUCUGGAGCCAGACUGUACGCGAUAACGAGACCGUCGACUGGAAGAUCUCCUAAGCUGAUGACGAUGGCUGAUUUAAGUAAACGAUUCAGUAAGGUUACUGUAGAUGAGGCCAAGGAGGUCUGGAAGCAACAGUAUGAUUCCGCUGCAAACAUGUGUCAACACAACUACAUCUACUCGAAAUGCCGUACCGAAUCGAAUGGAACAUACUGUGAAGUUGGUCGUCGUACCCGCACAUACUUUGUUUUAUCUGGUUCCGUGCUGUCGGUUUGGCCGAUUGUUGAGGAGGUUCUGUCGACUGGUGGUGAUAGAAAAUCGUCACGGAUGCAGGUGAUUCGUGUUCGAACUGAACAGGAUCAAAAGAUUGUUGGUCUCCUCGUCCUUCCCACUCACGUUCGUUCUCUCGUCACUCAACUGGAAACGCACUGUGGUCGAAGUUAUGUCAAGACUGAGCCCUAA